UUGAAUGCAAUUGCUGUUUACUGAUCCUUUAUGCAUUAUUGUUUUUGUAAAAAAAACAGCAAGUGUCAGGAAGCCAUGGAGCCAGGGAACACCAGUCCAAGCAUAUCUCCAGAACAGAACCUCACAAAAGACCCUGGUGAAUCCAGAAUGGAUUUUGAGAACUCUGAGUUAAUCAUUGUGAAUCAGGCAACUGUGGAAAAACUGGCAGGGGGCCUGAUCUCUCACUACCUCCCCAAUCUACAGCAAUCAAAAACUGCCCUCCAGGAACUGACGCAGAACCAAGUGAUCUUAUUAGAUACGCUGGAGCAAGAGAUUGCUAAGUUCCGGGAGUGCCACUUGGUGCUGGAUAUCAACAUGCUUUUCACUGAAGCAAAAUGUUAUUACAAUAAGCUUGUUAACAUUCGAAAGGAAAUGAUAACGCUGCAUGAAAAGACAACCAAACUAAAGAGACGAGCUUUAAAGCUUCAGCAGCAGAGACGGAAGGAUGAGUUUGAGCGAGAACAGCGGAGAGAGAAGGAACUCGAGCGGGAAAGACAACUCAUUGCUAAGCCAGCAAAGCUCUCUUAGCCCAAUCAUUGUCACAGGUCUUUGCUUGGAGAACAGAACAGGAAGCUUACUGCCUAUUUUAUCUUGUUCUUCCUUCUGAUGGCAUGGAAAUUCUGACAAAUAUACAUAUCUUUUGUUUAUAUCUGUAUUGUGAUUAAUUCAAAAUACAGAUCAUAAAAUUGGAAUUCUGCUUCUGAAGCCUGGAGGUUUACAGUGAGAUAUCAUUGCAGCUGCUAACUGACCUUUUAAUAUAAUUUUGUUCUAACCUGCCUUCCUGUCAUGUGACAUGAAACUGCCUCUUCAGAUUAUUUGAACAUUAGUAAAGUCUUGUGACAUCAGAAAUGCAUCCCUACAGGCUAUAUAUUUUCUUAAAUAGUGUGACCCCUGACGUGACUGUUAUUGAACAGAGGACUGUUUGAUUGGAAAUCUUCCCUCACUUUCUGAGCCAAUGUGAGGCUGCUUUUCUCAUUGGAACUUGAAAUGGAAGCUUGGGCAAAUCUGCUGUUUGCGUGUGGACUGAAAGUUGUUAAUCUGUGGAUGAGCUUGUUUGCAGGAACUGCUGUGCAAGAUGACCCUGUUUAAAAUUUUAAAACAGUUUAGCAAUCUGUUAAAGUGUUUUUCUUUGAAAGUUUCUCCAUUGUUAACGUCAAUUGUAUCUGGAUUGUUUGCUGGGAGAUUCAAUGAAUACACAUUCAGCACACUGGUAGAUGUUUGUUGGUAUCGGAAUUAUUGAAAUGGUAUGAGUUAUGUUAUGAACUUUGGAGGUUGGGUGAGGGCUAUAUUAUCAACUAAUUAGAGAAAUUGUUUCAAAUUGAGGUAUGUACUCUGUCACAGCUUCUGCAAACUAAUAAAAUUGCAACAGAUCACUACA